AUGACUUCAGCCACAACCUACAUUCUAGACAAUGGCCUUAUAAAAACUGUUGUUGGUGUCACUCGGAGCAUCAAUCGCCUCAAUCUUAAUAAUGGUAUCAACGUUGAACUCAUUUCAAGCCAAAAGAUGGAUUUAACAGAAACCUUGGAGACCAAAGAAAAGAUGAUAAUACCUGACCUUCAGAAAGCAGAGGAAUUUCUUGACAAAAAGUUUGGCUACAGCCACACAGUCUCCUUAUUGCCAAGUGGAAGAGAAGUGCAGCAUUGUACAAAAGAUUGUUUGUCUCCUCUCGACUUGAUUAAGAAAAACAAAGAAAAUCUAAGUAAUGACAAUUUAUCUAAAAUGUCAUCAGCUUCUGCAUUUCUGAAAAUGAUCCGUGCCAUGAGGGAUGUUGAAAAAGAUCUUGUUGUGCAGACAUUGACACAUCCUGACAGCUAUUACAUUGUACCCCAGUUAAUUGAUGUUGCAAGUGCUACACAAACACCCAGCAGCCACAGUUCAAUUAUGGAACUUUUGAGUUUUGAAGAUACAAACAUUGAUUAUCCCGAACGCUAUCUCUUCACACUUGCCUAUGCAACUCACCCUGAAGAAUUCAUUCUCAAAGAUCUUUUGAAAUUCUUCAAAAAGAAACUUCCUUCUCCAAAACUGCACGAAAGCCUUGGCCUUUGUUUAGGUGCAUUGAUGUACACAUAUUGCAUAAAACUUGGCCACUGUGAUAAAGAUAUUGUAACUGAAUAUAUCAAUUCUGCACUUGACCAAUAUUCAGCCACCAAAGACGAAAGAAGAAAAUUAAUGUUAAUUCGAUCAAUGGAAAAUGCUGCCCUUCCAGAAUUUCUGCCAACUCUUCUAAAUGCUGCUGCUACUGACAAAUCCUACACUGUUUGUUCUGCUGCUGUUCAGGCUUUGAGACGUUAUGAUUCCAAAUUCAUUCGAGAACAGGCAAGCCCUGUCCUAAUGAGCAUCUUUAAAGAGACUGACCGCCAAUAUGACACCAGUACUAAACUUAUUGCCAUGGAAACUGUCAUUAAGAAUGACCCCUGCAUAUUAGUCUUGGAGGAUAUUCUAUUGUCUUUGAAAAACCAAAAGAAUUAUGAAUUUUCGGCCUAUAUUCUCUCAAAGAUUCAAGAUUUAGCUCGUGUAGAUUUCAAAUUUAGAAGUUUAUUAAUUUCUGUUCUAAAAAGAAAGAAAUUGUUGAACUACAAUUUGUGGAGUCAGAAAGGAACCUCAAGUUCAUUUACAUCUUUUCUUACAACAUCAAAACCCAUCAAUUCCACUUAUGGAUUAUUCAUUGAAAAUUCCAAAUCUUCUCUCAUCAAAAGGAGCAUGUUUGCUGUGGAACUUACCGGUGAAGAAAGCAUGGAGAAGGUCUUAACGUUUGGUCUUUAUGCUGAUGGCGUUGAAGGAAUGGUGUCCGACGACCUUGCUAGUGAAGGUGUAGAACCAACAGCUGGAAUGUCUUUGACCCUGUUUGAUGUCCUUUUGCGACCUGUUGAAUUCUUCAGAGGCUCAGGUGAACUUAUGUCUGCUGCUUGGAAUGCCCCUGCAGAGCCUGUGUCUGCACUUCAGGGAAACCUCCUGCUUCAGGACCAUCAACAGACACUGCAUCUCCCCAAUGGCCUCAUUGUCAAAGUGGACCUCAUGUCUGCAUUAUCUAUGGAUAUAUCAGGCUCUAUGAUUAACAGUCUUUGGAGCAGAACUUCAGAAAGUAAAGUCAUUAACAGUGGUGCUGUUCUUUUGGAAGGUUCCGUUACACUGGAUUCUACAAAAAUUAAUGUAGGAAUGAAAUUCCAAGCUGGUGGGGAGAGUCAUGUAACAUUUCAGACAGAUGUUGGUUUUGCAGAAAUGCCAAUUAAAAGUUGUAUGCAAAUGAGUCGGCCAAAAACCACCUUCAUGCACAAAAUCAUGAAACAUGAAAAACUUUCCAGAAAGUUGUACCAAACAAAACUUAUCCGAAACACCCAUUACCCAGGUGUGUCAUAUUAUUUAAAUCGAUUCAACUCUUAUCAGUGCAAUUUGAUGCUGGAUCCUCUUGUGUAA